UCUAACCCUAUCGUCCUUUUUCCUCUUUCAUUACCACACAUUUUCUAUUAUCAUGAAAUGAAGCCAUUAUCCUAGCCCCUUCUUCCGCCAUAUCUCCUAGAUUUUUUCUUUCCUGAUAUCAAUAACUUUGCACUUUUUCUGUUAUCUGGGUUUUGUUUUUUCUUUCGUUCUCUUUUAAACCCACCAUUGAAUUCUUGAAUCUGCUGCUUUAUCCUAUACGUUAUUGCCUUGGUUUGAUUCCAUCUCAAGUUUUAUUGGCUGAUUCGGUUUCUGGAUUUUGAAAGUUUUGCCCUUUGAUUCUUAUUUAAUUCUCUGAAGGGGCUAGAAAGAUGGCUAUUCCUUAUCCCCAUUUCAUUUCGUCUGAGAAAGCAGCGAUGGAGGCGGGUCUUUUGGUGCCUUCGUCACCAUCGUCGUCCCUAUCUCCUCCUCCUGUGAUUUUAACGCAGGACGAUUUGAAGAAAAUCGCCGCCUACAAAGCCGUGGAGUACGUCGAAUCCGGCAUGGUUCUGGGUUUGGGAACUGGGUCCACGGCGAAGCACGCAGUGGACCGAAUCGGCGAACUUUUGCGUCAAGGCAAGCUCAAGAACAUUAUAGGAAUACCCACGUCGAAGAAGACCCACGAGCAGGCGGUUUCGUUGGGGAUUCCGUUGUCAGAUCUCGAUUCACACCCAACCUUGGAUCUAGCGAUUGACGGUGCAGAUGAGGUCGAUCCGUUUUUGAACCUAGUGAAAGGGCGAGGUGGGUCGCUUCUUAGAGAGAAAAUGGUAGAGGGUGCUUGUAAGAAGUUCAUUGUGAUUGUGGAUGAGUCCAAGUUGGUGAAGUAUGUGGGAGGUAGUGGACUAGCUAUGCCUGUUGAGAUUAUACCCUUUUGUUGGAAAUUCACUGCUGCCAGGCUGCAAAAAUUGUUUGAGGAGUCAGGUUGUGUUGCCAAGUUGAGGACUAUUGGAGAGAAAGAUGAACCAUUUGUAACUGACAAUGGAAAUUACAUAGUAGACUUGUACUUUAAGAAGAGUAUUGGGGAUCUGAAGGUUGCCAGCGAUGCAAUUCUGCAGCUUGCUGGCGUUGUGGAGCAUGGAAUGUUUCUGGACAUGGCCACUACAGUCAUUAUUGCAGGUGAACUUGGGAUAACCAUUAAAAAUAAAUAGCCGAGUUCAGAAUCCGAUGGUAGUUUGAUUGAUUGAAGUUGACAUGGCCAUCUAACAUUAAUAGCUAGUGUAGUACUGGAGAUUGUUGUUGUUAAGUGAAUGAGGAGAGGUGGCCUUUUCGUAAAAGGCAAUCAAGUCUCCUAUAUCCUAGUAUUUGUGGAUACAGCGGAUGAAGAGAGUGCCUUCUUAAAAUUUGUCAUUCUUUUGAUAGAAUUUAAGCAAGCAGAGAGAAAAUUGAGAUGUGCUGUGCUGGAUUAUUAGUCUCCUGUAACAGCUUUGAUGUGGCUGUUAAUAUAAAGUGGCCUCCUUAUUUAAUUCAAGCAUAGAUAUUGUUCUUGAUCUGGCUUAGAUUUUGCUUCUUUUUCUGCUUAGUGGUUGUCAUUGAAAUUUGCCAUUGCUGCUUACUAGUAA